CAGCCUCAGCAACGGCUCCUAUCAUCUGCAUUCUGAUGUUGACGAUUACUCCUGUUUUGUGGUGUGUCGUCACUCAAUAUUCAGUGACUCACUCCUGUCACUCGUCUCUCAAGUUGCACAGACAAGAAUUUGUAAGGAUGGUUUAAGAGGCAACAGACCAGCUCUUCAUUCCUCGAGUUGUGAUUUUGCUGUUGUUGGCAUUGUCAUCACUGGCAGGGCUUGGAGCUGUAGUUGUGCACUGGACUGAUCCCAAUUUAGCCAGGCCUCUCAAGAAAAUUAAGCUAUAGAUUACCCAUGCAAGUUAUGAUAAUCAUCAUGGUCAUGUUGAAGUUUGUUAAGUGACUGUGAGUGUAAAAAAUAAUAACAGAAAUGCUUAACAACCCAGCAGUUCGAUCUCUGCUACAGCAGGUAGUGGCAAAACCUGUUGUCGGGCGACAUGCGCAACAGCUUGCAUGCACUGUGGGCAGGAAUUUCCACAGUAGUGAGCCUGCCAUGGAAAUUUUUAUGGUAAAUAGUGAAGAUGAUUUUAAGAACAAAGUCAUGCGAAGUCCUGUUCCAGUCAUAGUGAACUUUCAUGCCGAGUGGUGUGAGCCAUGUCAUUCCCUCAAGCCUCUGUUGGAGAAGAUUGCUCAAGAAAAUGAAGGUCACCUCCACUUGGCUGAGGUAUGGUGGCAGUGGAUGAACACCUUGAUCUGCUGCAUGCCUUUGAGGUUACUGCAGUGCCAGCAGUGUUGGGUAUUCAUCGGGGGAUGGUGGUUGAGAAGUUUGUUGGUCUAGUAUCUCACAAAGAAGUUAAAGGUUUUGUUGAUAAAUUGCUAAAUAAGUAGCCCCGUGUAUUAGGUAUUUGAUGAAUUUGUAGUAUUAAUGCAAAGAACAGGUUCAUUGAUAAUACUGAAGAAAUUUCUGAUGCAGUAUAAAGAUAUUAUAGUGUAAUGUAAGUGUUACUUUGUAAAUGUGUAAAUUUCCUAAGAAAAUUUAGCAGAUGUAAUUUGAGGGCUUCCUUAGUCACUAUUUCAAGUGGUACUUUGUAAAGAAAAGACCAACACCAAGGUACUAGAGGCCUUAUGAAGAAAUUACACUAUUUAUGUACAUAAU